AUGAUCAUGCUUGAAGGACCACAAGAUGAAACACCUCAACAUCACGUACGUGACAUGACCGGCUCUAGGUUCAAUUAUUCGAAGUUGUCCCAAAACAUGCUUUACCCGUAGAGAUAAACUAUUCAAACGGUGUCACUUGCAACUAUAUAAAAGAAACGAGAAAAGUUUUUUGAUAGUAGCAACAGUCCUGGAUACUCUGUCUACGCAUAGAAACAUAACGAUUUAACCCAAUAACGCCUGAGCAAAUUCACGCUACUUGAGCCAAAUUACUUACUUAGCUAUCUCCACUCAUUCUAUCGUAAGGAAACCGCUUGUACUAGCGUGCAAAAGGAGAUCUUUUAGCAGAUUAUUCAAAGAUUUCGUCGGACGUCGAAAUUUCUUUCUCGGGGAAAAUAGCUGAGAAGUUUGAUUUAAUCUUGACUAUGUAAGUAAGUUCAACCGAUAAUAUAUAACAGAUCUCACUGAAUAAAAACCAAAACAAGUGAAUAGACGAAAAAAGCAAAAACAAUAACUUCCCAGGCAAACGUUUUCUGCGAAAAAAACGCGUCAGAGUGCGUUACAAUUUUCAUAGAAAGUAUCGCGUUUAGCAGGAUGUUUUUUGUCACAUUCCGGACGUGCAGACGCGCUGGUUUUCAAUGCGUUUGAACGCGCUGAAGUUUUAAAUUUGAAAAGAUUUAAAAAUUAAAUUCAGAAUUGAGCUGACGUGUACAGAGAGUCUCAAUGCUCCACAACUAUCUUAAAGUCAAGGUUCACAAGUUAAGAAAGAAAGAAGCUAAAACAACUUACUCUGCUGUGAUGAUGAUUCGCACGUUUUGAGUGUCUGGAAUUAAGAAGCAAGCAUAGAACAGGUUGAGCUAAAGAUGCUCGAAAGAUGAACUAUAUCAUCAGUACGUGUUUCGAGCAUCGACAGC